AUGUGCCACGCCAAAAGUACUGAAUCGAUACGGCGCGCUCACCUUUCUUGGCGCGAGGACUCCAUCACGAUUACUUUCGCCCAUAUGAAAAACGAUCAAGACGGAAGUCGGCCUCGCGAUCCCAGGCAUGUGUACGCAUAUCCAACCAUGCCCGAAAUCUGCCCGGUAUUAGGACUUGGAGUGUAUUUCGCUGUUUUUGGUUUCGCUCGCGAUGGAAAACAUUUCCCUGGUGGUAAUCAGUACAGUCGAUUUCUCAAAGUAUUGAAGUCUGUGCUUAGUGGAGAACUGAUGCAGCGAACGUUAGCUGAGUUUGGAUUAACGGCUGCUGAUUUUGGUACGCACUCCGCGCGUAAAGGUGCUGCUACCUAUGUUAGUAGCUGCUCUACUUCGGGUCUGUCAGCAGCGGCUAUUUGCCUUCGGGCUGGUUGGACUCUUCCAGGUGUCCAGGGCAAGUAUGUUCGGUUUGAAGCCGCUGGUGACAUGGUGGUCGGUCGGUAUGUUGCGGGCCUUCCAUUU